CAGCUUCCCAGCGGCCCAGGCCCAGUUACCAGAAAAAGCACCCGAAGAUGCUCAUAUGACAGAAGCCAUCUGGCUAGCAGUGUGUGAGAGAGUCCGAGGGAACUGAAUGUGGCUGCCCUAACAGCAGUGCAGUAGCUUAUUCUGUGCAACGUCUCCUGCUUUUCUCAAAGAGCUCCCGGGCCUUGCCUGGGGAUCCGAGUUCAGUCAUUGAAUCUCUUGUCUGCAUUGCCCAGCAGUUGAGUGAUCCGUUGUGCGUUUGUUUUCUAGGGGCUGGCAGGGCUCUGCACAGAACGAAGAGGUGACUCUCAGCCCUAGCCUGAUGCGCAGAGCUCUGAGUGCUUUGUGAUGAGCCCUUCUCGGAGGAGGGGACUACAGAAACCUUCCACUUGUGCACUCCUGGAGAACGAGCCCUCCCCUGUGUGUGGCUCUCCUAGGUCUGUGUGAGGGGAUCUCACUCCAAGAGGCUGCUGACGCAGCAGGGCUGUGCUGGGAGAAUGGUCUUUGCCCAGGUAGAAGCGAGCCCUGGGAAGUGCUGGCAGAAGGUGCUGUAUGAGAGGCAGCCCUUCCCAGAUAACUAUGUGGACCACCGGUUCCUGGAGGAGCUGCGGAAGAACAUCUACGCCCGCAAGUACCAGUAUUGGGCAGUGGUGUUUGAGUCCGGGGUGGUGAUUCAACAGCUGUGCAGCGUCUGCGUCUUCGUCGUCAUCUGGUGGUACAUGGACGAUGGACUGCUGACCCCACAGUGGCUGUUCGGGGCUGGGCUGGCCUCUUCCCUGAUUGGAUACAUCCUGUUUGAUGUCAUAGACUUGGGGAUGGGGAGGAAGGAGAGCGGUCGGACCCGGUGGGCGGACUUGAAGAGCACCCUGGUGUUCAUAGCUUUCACCUAUGGCUUCUCCCCGGUGCUGAAGACCCUGACGGAGUCAAUCAGCACGGACACCAUCUACGCCAUGUCAGUCCUCAUGCUCCUGGGGCACCUGAUCUUCUUCGACUAUGGGGCCAAUGCCGCCAUCGUCUCCAGCACGCUGUCCCUCAACAUGGCCAUCUUCGCCUCCGUGUGCCUGGCCUCCCGGCUGCCCCGCUCCCUGCACACUUUUGCCAUGGUCACCUUCGCCAUCCAGAUCUUUGCCCUGUGGCCCAUGCUGCAGAAGAAGCUCAAAGCGCGGACACCCUGCUGCUAUGUGGGGGUGACCCUGCUCUUCGCCCUGUCUGCGCUGGCUGGGCUUCUGACCAUCUCAGGCGUCGCUGCCCUUCUCUUUGCCCUUCUGCUGGUCUCCAUUUCAUGCCUGUGUCCUUACUGCCUCAUCCGGCUGCAGCUGCUCAAAGACAACAUCCAUGGGCCUUGGGAUGAAGCUGAAAUCAAGGACGACCUCUCCAGGUUCCUCAUGUAGACUCAUCUAGGACAUGUGGCAGGCAGGCAGGACCCCUACAGUGCUACCGGAACAAAAGCCUUCUGCCUUAGAGAUGACCUCCUGAGUGCCAGUGUUAUAAAAGAGUCUCUUCUCCCAGAGUGAGACAAACUGCUUGGUACAUACUAGGAACUUCCCUCUCCCCCCGCAAUGUAUAUGUGUAUCGCUCUCAUUCAUUAAUACUAGCUGAGCUCCCACCGCGGAAGUGUGGCGAGAGCACAGGUAGACAGAGGACUGCAGGCAAAUGCCAGCAUUUUAUCCACCAUGUCACAUGCUCAGAGCAGGUCUCCAUGACGUAUGUGGCACUUAAUACCAGCUAUAGGGCACGAGCAUCUUCUCCCCCCUAGCGCUGCUGUUGGCUCUGCUGCUUGGGGAACUGAAUUAAUGGUAGCAAUAGUGGGGAAUGUUUUAGCCAAAGUUUGCUGGUGUAGGUGAGGCCCACUGGAAUUGCUGGGUAUUUGGAGAGCAGCUUUCGAAAUCUCUUUGGCAAGCUGGACUUUCUGGCUAUUAAAAGCAUCCAAUCCCUCAAACCUCCCUGCCUUUGUCAUUCUUCUGUGAGACAGCCCAGCGGGAGCAGCACAUGGGGGGCAGCUGAUGGGGCAGGCAGAUCAGAUCCAGGGGCUGUAUUUUGUCUAAGGGCAGAGCUUUCAUUUCUUAGUUCAGAGGUGUCACCGCAGAAGCAGGAGUGUGGGGCAGGCGGGCAGAUCAGGAGUGGGAAUGCAGGAUACCUGACUGUGCAUUGGAAGGCCCUGUGUUUGCUCCCAUUCCAGUGUUACAUGGGAUUUCUAUGUGUAACUGUAACACAACCAGUGAAAAACUCAAGCAGAACACCCUGGCUUUAUCUCCCUGCAGCUUGCAAAGCUGUCGGGUCCGAUGUGUGUCCGGAAACACCCCCAGGUUCUUAUUGUGAUGGCAUCUUUCCUUCUCAGGCUGAUGUAGCGCUGGGUAUUUCCACCAACAGACAGGCACAAGCAGAGGAAGGGG